CGCCGCUCUCCCUCCCUCUUUCCCCACCGCGGGAGGCUGCCCGCCGCCUCCGGAGGGGGGGCGUGGCGCGGAUCGGCCCAGCCCACACUCGCCAGUGAUUGGCGGGGGCGUACGCCCGUCGGCGGGGGGGGCGGUGCCCGGCGCGGCCACGUUCGGGUGCGCGGCCAGCGGCGCGGCGGGCGCAGCGAGCGGCAGCGGCGGGGCGAUGGGGGCGCGGCGGCGGCCGGCGCUCUGACAGCCCCCGGCGCUCCUCCAGCGGCGGGCAGAGCGGCUCCCGGCGGCGGCGGCGGCCGCCCCCCCUCCUCAGCGCGGACCAUGUUCGCCAAAGGGAAGGGCUCGGCGGUGCCCUCGGACGGACAGGCGCGGGAGAAGCUGGCGCUGUACGUCUACGAGUACCUGCUGCACGUCGGCGCCCAGAAGUCGGCGCAGACCUUCCUGUCCGAGAUCCGGUGGGAGAAGAACAUCACGCUGGGCGAGCCCCCCGGCUUCCUGCACUCCUGGUGGUGCGUGUUUUGGGACCUUUACUGCGCAGCUCCCGAAAGGCGAGACACUUGUGAACAUUCGAGUGAAGCGAAAGCCUUUCAUGACUAUAGCGCAGCUGCCGCCCCGAGUCCCGUGCUUGGAAACAUUCCCCCGAACGACGGGAUGCCCGGGGGCCCCAUCCCACCCGGUUUCUUCCAGGGACCGCCUGGGUCACAGCCCUCGCCACACGCACAGCCUCCACCCCACAAUCCUAACAGCAUGAUGGGACCCCACAGUCAGCCGUUCAUGUCGCCGCGCUACGCCGGAGGUCCCCGGCCCCCCAUCAGGAUGGGCAACCAGCCCCCGGGUGCUGUUCCCGGUACACAGCCAUUGCUGCCCAAUUCAAUGGAUCCCACGCGACAGCAAGGGCACCCUAACAUGGGCGGCCCCAUGCAAAGGAUGAAUCCUCCGCGAGGGAUGGGCCCCAUGGGUCCCGGUCCGCAGAACUAUGGCAGCGGCAUGAGACCUCCACCCAACUCCCUAGGUCCCGGCAUGCCUGGAAUUAACAUGGGGCCGGGAGCCGGCAGACCGUGGCCGAACCCCAGCAGUGCUAAUUCAAUCCCAUACUCUUCUUCAUCGCCUGGUACAUACGUGGGUCCACCCGGCGGCGGCGGUCCUCCAGGGACACCCAUCAUGCCAAGUCCCGCAGAUUCAACAAAUUCAAGUGACAACAUCUACACAAUGAUUAAUCCAGUACCGCCCGCAGGCAGUCGAUCGAAUUUCCCAAUGGGCCCCGGCUCCGACGGCCCCAUGGGUGGCAUGGGCGGGAUGGAGCCCCAUCACAUGAACGGAUCGUUAGGGUCAGGAGACAUAGAUGGACUUCCAAAAAAUUCUCCAAACAACAUAAGUGGCAUUAGCAAUCCCCCGGGCACUCCAAGAGAUGACGGGGAGCUGGGAGGCAACUUUCUCCAUUCCUUCCAAAAUGACAAUUAUUCCCCCAGCAUGACGAUGAGUGUGUGAUUUCCCUCCCCCUCCUCCUCUCCAGGAUCAAGACAGUCAGCUGCCGUUCGGAGGAUCUCAACGAAUUAUGCAAGAAGAAGAAGAAGAAGCUAGGUGUAUGGGCAGGGAGACGCGUGGCGGGGGCCAAAACCCCAGGUUUAGUUUCAUGCAAUAAAAAGGCUGAACUUUUUAUUCCAUAAAACAUGAAGGACAAAACUUAAAAUAUUUCAAGACAUGACAAGACCCUUCUUUGUGCAGAAGGGUUUAUAUAUGUACAUGACACUUCUUUUUGGAAACAAACGGAAGCCUCUAGCACCCAACUCCGAUCUCUUUGCUUUGUUCUUUUAAAUAAAGACAGAAACCGAACCUGUUGUAUGUUUGUGCCGUGCGACACCAGGAAGCUAGUCUAGAUAUGAAAUCUCAUGUUGUCUCUGUUGUAGUCAUUUUUUUAAAUAAACUGGACAGUUUACAAUGGUG